UUGAAGGUAUUGAGAAGUUCAAAGGCCAGUAUUUCCAUAGCCGUCAAUAUAAGUACCCAGCUGGAUUUGAGGGGAAACGCAUCCUGGUGAUUGGAAUAGGCAACUCAGCCUCAGAUAUUGCCUCUGAGCUGAGUAAAAACGCUGCUCAGGUAUUCAUCAGCACCAGAAAUGGCUCCUGGGUCAUGAGCCGAAUCUCUGAAGAUGGUUAUCCCUGGGACAUGGUGUUCCACACUAGGUUUAAGUCAAUGCUCCGAAACAUCCUGCCACCAAUAGUUCGCAAAUGGAUGAUGGAACAACAGUUAAAUCGUUGGUUCAACCAUGCAAAUUAUAGUCUGGAGCCUAAAAACAAAUACCUUAUGAAAGAGCCCAUACUGAAUGAUGACCUUCCAAGUCGCAUCCUCUAUGGAGCUGUCAAGGUGAAAUCAAGAGUGACAGAGCUCACAGAAACAUCUGCCAUCUUUGAGGAUGGAACAGCAGAGGAGGACAUCGAUGUCAUUGUCUUUGCAACAGGAUAUAAGCUAUCUUUUCCUUUCCUUGAAGAGCCAGUUGUCAAACAAGGGCAUAAUAUGGUCUCACUGUACAAAUACAUGUUCCUCCCUCACCUGGAGAAGUCGACUCUUGCAUGCAUCGGCCUCAUCCAGCCCCUCGGCUCCAUGUUCCCUACAGUUGAGCUUCAGGCACGUUGGGCAACAAGAGUUUUCAAAGGCUUGUGUAGUUUACCUUCAGAGAAGACAAUGAUGGAGGACAUUAUUAAAAGGAAUGAAAAAAGAAUAGAACUGUUUGGAGAAAGUCAGAGCCAGAUACUGCAGACCAAUUUCGUGGACUACCUGGACGAGCUUGCCCAGGAGAUAGGUGCCAAGCCAGACCUCAUCCCUCUCUUGUUCAAAGACCCUGUGCUGGCUGUGAAACUCUACUUCGGGCCCUGCAACUCCUAUCAGUACCGUCUCGUGGGGCCCGGGAAGUGGGAAGGAGCCAGACAUGCCAUCCUCACCCAGGAAGAAAGAGUACUGAAGCCUCUGAAGACUCGCUCUGUGAAGGCUGCUUCCACCUCCCCAGCUUGUCUGCUGCUGAAAAUCCUGGGGCUUCUCGCCAUUUUUGUGGCCUUUUUUUUCCAGCUUCUUUGAUUCUAAUCUGUCAGCAUGACACCUCUAGCUUUAUUGUCUCUCUUGUUAGCACAGAUUCAAGAGAACAAUAUGCAAAGAAAAAAUAUUAAAGCCGUGCUCUAAAUUUUAGAGUUAUAAAGGACAAGUAAGAGAAGUGAUCGCAGGGAAUUGGGGAAAUUAGGCCUAUGUUUAAAACUAAAGUUAUGAGAAAUGAAAGUUCUUUGCUCUUUUACCCUUUUCAUAAAUUCCUAGACUUCCAAAAGUACAUAAACUAACAGGGCCAGAGGAUAGUGUUCCAGCCUUAAUAUGGUUUAAAUUAGGUGGAAAAUAUAGAAUUUCACAGGAUGAAAAGCAGCCCCUAGAGCUUAAAUUACUGAAAAACUCAAAAUGGGGUAAAUAUUUAAAACUCUCUCACAACACGUUUGCUGGCAUAGCUUUUGAAAGUACCAGGGGUGAGAAUGAGAAAAAUAAAUGUACAAAACAACACUGAUGCUGGUCUCAUAUAGAAAGCUAGCAAAUAACCAUUUUCUUGCUGCAAAAAUAAAAUAAGCCAUAAUAGCUAACUGAAAAUACAUGUAUGUAUACACAGAUAUAGAUACAUAGUGCUUGUCAUAGACUAGACAUUGUAUUAUGCGGAUGUUAUAAAUAUUCUAAUUCUCACAAUUCUGAGAUGGGUAUGGAUAUUGUACCCAUUUUACAGAUGAUGAAACUGAGCUUCAAAGCCUUUAUGUAACACGAGCAAGGCCACACUGCUGGUCUUCCGAUGGAGUUCCAAUUGGCAACCAGACUUGUCAGAUUGGAGAACUGAGGGUCAUACCUUUCCACAACAGGCUUACUUAUAAAAACCUCAUUAUUGUUAAUGCACUUAUUAACAGUUUAUUUCAUGAAUUAUAAUACAAAGGUUCACUGUGGAGGGCCUUUACAUAGAAAACGGCACUCUCCUUGCACGUGUGAGACAAAUAAUAUCAUGGACAAUGUUUGCUCUACAGUUUAGCUAAAUAAAAA